GCUUCCUGCCUUGUUGAGGGAGGGGACGGCGCUGACGGCUGGGAAGACGAAAGCAGAGCCAAGAAAGCUUUUGGAAAGCUGUAAAAGAGUGGGGGACGGCCCGGGCUUACACCGUCCGUCGGGAAAUAAACACCCCAAUUUUCUGUAGCUGCUGGAUUUGUCACCUAAUCGGAGCCGAAAAUGUCGACCAGUCGUCAGUUUAGCGAGAGCAGGGCCAUCCCGACCAGGACGGUGUUGAUCAACGACACAACGCAGCUACCUCAUGACUACUGUACCACCCCCGGAGGCACUUUAUUCUCCACCACUCCUGGAGGAACCCGGAUCAUCUAUGACCGCAAGUUUUUACUGGACAGGCGUAAUUCUCCCAUUGCUCAGACUCCUCCAGCACAUCUGCCUGCCAUCCCUGGAGUGACCAGCCAAAAUAUCCCGAGAGAGAACAAGAAGAACGAAGCCAACAACCACGUCAACCACCGUGACGGCAAGCCCACAACAGGUGACGAUGCCCAGUUUGAAAUGGAUAUCUGACCAACUGGAACCGCACCAGCAUAAGGAAAUGACCUGGCAUUGCACGUGUCAGUGGCUUGGCUUGUAGAAACCAAUGUUGUGAGCCCUCAUCGCAGCCAUCUUUUUUUUUUUUUUUGCUCUUUAUUUCUCUGUUGGAUGUGAUGUGUGCAAUCUGCAGGACUCACCUAACCUUUCAUGCACAUACAGAGUGGCGCGCUCUGAAAAUCAGAUUUAAUUUGGGAAAAUCUCCACAGUGACUAAUUGGCAGUGCUAAUCAACAUUUAUACUGCUAGGGAGUGAGUCUGUGCUCAUCUUGCAACUUUUUGUGAGUUAAGAUCGCUAACAUACCACCCCAAAAAAAGUUUGUCAUCGCGUGUUUCCACUGUAGGAGUUCUGGGACACUUCUGGGAAUGAGGAGUGUGAUGAAAAAUCCUCUGGCUCAGUCUUCUCAGCAGUCUCUUUAUAAAAUAGGUCGUUAAAGCCUUUUGCUUAGAAGUCAGCAUAUCACCGUUUCAGCAGUGAAUGACGUCCCCGAUCAGCACAAAAAGGCGCCCACAGCCAUAGACUUUAAUAACAUUAAAGAUGUUUUAUCCAUCAAAUUAAGUAUUGAUUUUGCAGGUAGCAAUAGUAAUGCAUUCAGGGGAUGGGGAGAGCAGCUGUGAGGUGUAAAAUGACCAGAUGAAAUGCUGUUUUUUUAUGGUGCUUUGUAGGAGACCACAAAGCGGUGUGAAUUACAGCAUGGCAGAGGCUUUUUCGCCACAUUUUCCUGUAUUGGGAGUUUAGAAAGCGAUUUUAAAGCAGUGUCAAUGCCUUUCCCUCUCCUGAUUCACCAAAAAUGCUGGUUGCUUGGCGAUGUCUGCUGACGUAAUUUCCUGCUGCGUUACAACCAACUGGCAUGAGUUAAGUCCUGCCCAACUACUACCGGGCCAUUUCUGAGUAAAUACCCUGAAAUGGCCUGGAAGGUGAUCCUCUUGAGCUGGACUGGUGAAAUGGAGACAAUCGCAUGCUGUGAAGGUCGGGUAAAGUUACCCGGAAGUUCCGAUAGUCGUUUUGAGUACUGGCCUUUGGGACAUUUCAAAAGUUAGAAUUUUCAUUGCAUUCUUUGGGUUUUAAAGACCCUUGUAAGUAUGUUAGGUAGUUUUAGUUUUCCCUGUUUGGUUUGUGAAACUACUUGAAAAGCCCCACAAUCUAUUAUCAUUUGGACUGCCUAUUUUCCAAUGAUGAUACGUAAAGGGAUGCUGUGUUUUGUUUUUCUCCAUUAGGCAAAGGUUUUAUACCAUUCCAACAUUUUAGUUUCCAUUACAAAUAUGCACCUGUGUGAUUUAUUUUUUUUAAUUUUCAGGAGAAAAUAGUGUUUUAAUGGAUGGUUGAAUGUAACAAGUAAUGUGUAAUUCAGUUUCAAGCAGCUCAAAAGUACCAAGAAAAAUCACUCCACUUUUAUCAGAGUUGUGUUAUCCGGCUCUGAUUCAUCUAAAGAGCAGGCAGUAAAUGACCAAAUAAACCAGAUGUCCAAACCAGAUCUAUUCAGAAGAAAAUGGGAAUGUUUAUUAUCUGACUUUCGUUUCUGGGUGGGAAAAAAAAAAAGCAAAAUAUCUCAGAUUUUAUAUGCAUUUUAUUACAAUUUCUUAGUAUUUGGGGUUUGACAAGCUUUUGAGUUCACUGGAUGUGUCACAAAAACAGGAAAUCGUUCAUAUUGUCAAUUCUGCCCAUGCCUUACAUCAGGGGCAUUCAAUUCCAGGCCUGGAGGGCUGGUAUCCAGCAUGUUUUAGUUUUAACCCUGUUUCAACACACCUGAUUUCAAUCAGCAGGUAAUUACCAGGCUUCUGCAGAGCUUGAUGAGCUGCUCCACAGGUGAGAAACCACUAAAACAUGCUGGAUACCGGCCCUCCAGGACCGGGAUUGAAUAACCCUGCUACAUGAAAUGCAGUGACUAGUUUCCUUGUCAUCGAUUUGUACUUUCCGACAGAUGUUUAUUUUUUCACAGGAACACUUGAACGGGUAAUAUUUGUACUCAGCAACUGAGCGAAACAUUUGAUUUUCAAGGUAUUUUUCUUCCUCAAACAGCUGUGAAGUAUGAAAGUAUGAUCGUGUACGUGACAUUGUGGGACUCUGAGCUUCAGAUGUUGUAAAAUUGCCACUCAUUCAAGAUUGCAUAGUCCUCUCUGCUCAUCCAAGUUGCAGCUAAAAACUCAGCUAAUGAAUACCCAAGUGGUUCACAUUUGUCUUUUUUCUGUAUGAUUAGAACCACUGAAUGAUGUUUUCCUAUUUUUAAUUAACUAUGGAAACGUUCUGAGGGAAAUUCAUCAACAAUUUGCAGAAAUAAUGUUUGCAUUGCACUUGUUCUGCCAGACUUGCUUCAGAUCCCUUUGGUUUGACAAUGAGGGCUUAACAAUAUGAAUUGGGGAAAAUUGUAAACAAAUUGACUGUAACCUUCUGUUCUAAUUUCAGAUCAGUUUUAUUUUAAAUGAAACUCCAAUGCCAGUGGACACUGUUGCGGCAAAAUCAAUAAAAUUCUGUAACAGAGA